AUGCAUCUGGUCUCCAAGCUCCUAGCCCUGGCGGCGACGGGUGCGUUGGGGACACAUGCCCUGGAGGCGUCGAUUUUCACGUUUCCCUCGAAUGAUCAGAAUAAAGGAGAUAAUAGCCUGAAGCACCAAACAGUAUCGGAAGAUGUCGCCGAACUGAUCCUGGAGCUUCGUACUCAAUCGUCUCUGCAGUCCAUCCUUGGGAAGGUCGAAAAAGAGAUCGUGGAUCGCAUCAACGAGUUUUCCGGCGCUCAAUCCUCCCUUUUUGGUGGACACAAUAGCCAUGGAACGCCAAGCAAGAGCAUAAUUCUCAUCGAAGGAGUCAAUGAAGCUGUUGGUUCGAACAUUCGACAAGCACAGACACAAUCUGUUUUCGUUCCUCAUGCCUCUCUGAAGUUGGUGGAUGAUUCAUUGGGGUCUCAGUUGGGCAAUGGAGACAUGAAGAAACGCUGCACGUAUGGCCAAGGCGAUGGGGCGUCGGGGUCGCGCUCCGUUCAGUCUGCGAAAGACUGUAUCUCGCAAGAUCCGGUGCUCUCCCAUGGAGAAAACUUAUACAGCGCCGAGUUCCUCGACCUGCUCGACUCGGUGGAAAUCUGGUCGAGCAAGGACCAAACCACAACUGCCUCGAGGCUGUCGCUCAAGGCGAACUCCGACAACGCGGUCGUGACCACGUAUAUCGAGUCUUUCUUCCACAACUUGAAGGAAAUGACUUUAACAGAAAGCUUCGAAAUCACUGCCUUGAUGGUUCCCGCCGCCGAUGCCUCCCGAGAUUUCACCCGGAUUUCCAGGCGAGACACCGGAUCGCAGCCUCGGUCAACUGCGUCUGAUGCACAGAGCACUUUGCAAAAGUCUGCAGAGGACCUGGCUGCGUCGUCUUCGCUGCUUGCGCCGGUCUGUCACGCCUCCAACUCAUCAUGCUCUGAUGCAACCAAUAAUUGCUCUGGGCAUGGCCAAUGCUAUCUCAAAUCUUCAUCUGGUGACGCGCAAUGCUUCGCUUGUCGUUGCCAAGCAACCGUGCGUACGAAGAGUGACGGCACGAAGCAAAAGAUCUACUGGGGCGGUCCGGCUUGCCAAAAGGAAGAUAUCAGCUCACCUUUCUUCUUGAUUGCCGGUGUUACGGUUUUGGUCAUCGUCCUCGCGAGCAGCGCCGUUGGUAUGCUUUUCAGCAUGGGUCAAGAAGAACUCCCGAGUGUAAUCGGGGCCGGAGUUGGGGGCUCGAAAGCACCGGCUUAA